UUCAACUUCAUAAGUUCUUUUUUGUUCUUGUUUGAUUAUAAGACAACGGCCACACUAAUACAAAUCAGUAUACUACAAAUUAACUUUUAUAAAUAAUUAAUCGUUAUAGAAGUAGCUAGUUAUUAAAUUUCUCUUACGAGAUGGAGAGGGGUUUGGAGAAUAUGGCGAAUCUCGGGUGUUACGAGUGGUGGUGAGAUCAUCAAUUAAUAUUCCUUUCUCAUCAAGCUACGAAACUGCAAACGAAUUGAAUCAAGAUGAAGAGAAACAGAACACACAAGCCUCAAGUUUCAAUGUGAGGCGCAUCGAUCCAAGGCUUGCGCGCCUACCGGAUUUGCUGACUCGAAGCUUGCCUACCGGAAAAUACCAAAUUGAUCUCUCAUUGUUUCGUUAAUGAUUUUCCUUUAAUGUGGGUUAAGACUUGAGAUUUUAAUGUCUAAAACCUAAUGGGCCAUGAAAUUGGGCUGCUUAGCUUAUAAACUCUUUUGUAUUGCCAAUAUAUAGAAAAUAUCCAGAAAACAAAUGUCAUAAACCCCAAAAAAAAAAGUAAAAAAAAUGUUAUUUGUAUUGCUAGUACUAGGUUUAGUAUGUGUUUUUCUUCGUUCAAGAUUCAUAAAAUAGAAAACUGACAGCAUGAAGAGAGGACGCCAAGAGAAGAAGAGCUCACGAUCUCCAAAACGACAACAUUACAGCAAAAUCUCCGACAUAGAAAAGUCAAACGGUAUCCAUAUCCCUUUCGAUUUAAUAACCGAUAUACUCUCGAGACUCCCUGUUAAGUCACUUGUAAAAUACGAUAGAUGGAGCAACUCGUGUGAUGGAUUGUUCGGGUAUGAUCCAGUCGAGAAACAAGUUUUCACAUUAGUGGGAGGUCCAAUGAAGCAGCAAGGGAGGAACCUUGACUUACAAGGCAUUUGGAAUCACUCUCCAGAAGCAAGGAGUACUGGUUUAUGCAUCAAUGAGUUUAUCUAUUACAUAGCUUAUGUAGAAAGGUUUACAAAGCAUCCGGAAUUCUAUGAAUUAGUGAGGUUCGACGUUAGACACGAAAGAUUUGAUCGUAUUCAGAUGCCCAUAACUCUGCAGAUGAAUUAUCAGCUCAGUGAAGUGAGUUUCGAUGAAUUGUCUUUGGUAAACUACCAAGGGAAAUUAGGAUGCAUACGAUACACCAAAGCUAGUGCAGAGAUGUGGAAUAUGGAAGAUCAUAUAGAGAAACAAGAAUGGUCUAAGAUUAUUAUAUUUAAGAGUUUAGAAGAUAGUUAUUUAUUAUAUUCGAGAGGGGAACUAAAACCGUAA